AUGGGGAGAAGGUUGUUGGAGACAUUAACGAGCCCAAUCCGUAACAUAAGGGAAAGGCGUCGUGAGCGCCGCGAAGAAGCGGCCGGGGCAACGCAAGGUCGGGGAGGAGCUCGAGCUCGAGGAGCGACACCACAGAUUACAGGAGCUAUACAAGAUCCAGGCCUGGGCUUAGAGUUCCCUGAACCUGAGCCUGCACCCAAACCGAAACCUGCACCAAAACCUGCACCGGUAAAAGAACGCGAAGAUUCGGGAAAAAAACCGGAGGGAGGUUCUCGAUCAGGCAGUGGAUCUCUUAAAAAAAAGAAAUCAAACGGUUCUGGAUCUCGUUCAUCGAAAUCUAACGCAGGUGUCAAGAAACCAGCCUCCAAGAAAUCAUCUAAAUCAAAGUCUUUAUCAAGCGAGAAAUCGUCGACAUGCGAGGGUAAAGGGAAGAAGCCGGCAAGUAAAGCAAGCACAGAUUCCUUUGAAUCGGCUGUUUCAAAUCGUUUCAGGGGAGAGGUCAGUUUAUCUGGUUAUUUUGAGGGUCGGUAUACCGAAUUUCGCCCAGCCCAAACCAGGCGCGGUCUUGGCCAGUCCUUACCGGUGCUAGAGCCUGAGCCAUCAGGACCUGAAGCGCCAGAAUCCGAGGGUUCCUCGAGCUCCACUUGGGAGCCCAAGAGGGCAUCAAGCACUAUCGAAGAUUGGUUUGAAAAGGAUUCAAGCAAAACUCGCGAGGAACUCCAGGAACGAGGGACUGAAAUGACUCGAUGGAUCGAGGACCCUGGAGCGGCCAAUUGUCCUACCACUCAGUGCAACAUGAGCAGACAAGAUCUCAUUCAAGCUACGGGUGGUGUUGUGUAUGAAUCUCCGGUCUACAGACCUUUCGGGCAGAUUGAAUACUCCCUGUACCUACCACCGGUAGAGGUAUUGCCCCGGCAGGAUGGAGACUAUAAAACCUUGAAUGCGGAAGGCAGGAAUAUCAAAUGUAACACGGUUAUGUCCAAGUAUAUAAUCAUCAUUGAAAAUGUUUUCCGUGAUCCACCAGAGGACGAACCUAAUUAUCCGCAUAUAUCCGAAAGCGUCAUUACCAUGUUCAAUACGACUUUUGAAACAACUGAGAUGCUCCGGUAUAUAUUUGUGUCGACUGUUGUGAACCUGCAGACCAGAGAUUAUAUUGACAAUGUCUUAUAUCCGGAUGGAUAUGAGAGUAUUCCGGAGUACCAACAAGGAGCACCUAAUAGAGAAGCUGAUUUCCCGAAACCAGACUAUUUUGCGCGGGGCACACCUGCUUAUCAGGAGAUUCUAGGUACCCGGAUUGGAAGAAUGGUGGGGUCAAUUGUGCUGGCUGCUUUUCCCCGGGGUACAAGGCGGAUCACGGGUAUUCAUAUCUGGACUUGUACCGGUGGUAUGCAAUUCCGUUUUGAUCUCAGGUCAAAUUAA